AUGUUUCUCCGCUGGCUGCUUUCUCGCACCUUUGCGCUUCUCAUUCCCUUCGCAGUUACCGCCACUGUUUACCUCUAUUUAUACCCCGUCCUCAAUGGAUGCGCCUUUCCUCUACCGCAGACUCGGGUCUCAAAUUCCAGCGGGCACGAUACUCUAGGACCACUACAUCGCAAUGCCGUGCUCAACACCCUCACCCAACACCUCGGCAUCUCAGCCCUGGAACCAGACAACCAACCCGCAAUCUUCAGACUCCUGGUCCUUGCGGACCCCCAAUUAGAGGGCGAUACGUCCCUUCCAUUCCCCGAAUAUGAAUUAUACCCUCGCAUGCGCACCCACUGGCUCGCCGUCCAGGAAGCAAUCGGCAAUGCCUCGACCUUGUCGCAAACCUCCCCAUUCCUAACCCUCCUGAACGACGAUGUUCUCUCGAACAUCACAACCGGCCUUCGAACCCUGGCCUCCGAAGACAUCCCCCGCGCCUUCAAGUCGGCUUUGAAACGCCUAGACCUCUUCGGCAACGACUACUACCUCGCGCAUAUCUAUCGCACUCUCUUCUGGUGGACCCGACCCACGCAUACUACAGUAUUGGGCGACUUGGUUGGAAGUCAAUGGAUAUCAGACGAAGAGUUUGCACGACGUGGUGAUCGCUACUGGAACCGAGUGUUUCGGGGCGGCCAGCGCGUCGACGAUAAUAUCACCCAGACAGGCGCCGCAGGCUGGGGCCAGGGCACAAAUGACCAGUCGACCCCUGUUGAAUCCCUCGACGCGGACUCGUCUUGGGCGCGGCGUUUGAUCAAUAUUGCGGGGAAUCAUGACAUCGGGUAUGCAGGCGAUAUCAGUGAGGCUCGCAUGGAACGGUUUGAACGCGAGUUCGGUCGUGCUAAUUGGGAUAUUCGCUUUGAACAUCCGCCUGUCUUGCGCAAUGCUUCUUUGGCGCCUGGUGGUGACGAUCGGACUGUUACGCCGACUUUGCAUUUGAUCAAUCUCAAUACUCUUAUGUUUGAUACUCCUGCCCUCUCCUCUGACAUCCAGAGCAAUACUUAUACUUACCUUAAUGAGUUGAUUGCUCAUCGGCUCUCUCCGGUCGAGGACCGGUCAGAGUUUACGCUCCUCUUGACUCAUCUUCCUCUCCACAAGAAGGAGGGGGUUUGCACUGACGCGCCGUACUUUUCGUUCCAUGAAUCUGACGAUGAUGAUGGACCAAAUGGUUUGCCGCGUUGGCUCGACGGCGGGCUCAAGGAGCAGAAUCAUCUCGGUGAUUUCAUCAGUUCUGGCGGUAUCCUACAGGGAAUCUUUGGCAUGAGUGGCGAUGAAAGUACGCCUGUCGGCGGCAGGGGUCGCAAUGGACUCAUUUUGACAGGACACGAUCACGCUGGUUGUGAUGUUCUUCACUAUGUCAACCGGACGGCCAAGGAAUCCGUCGACGAGGAGAAAGACAAGCAGAACUCCACUGCUGAUAGUCCCGUCCAGAAGUGGCAAUGGGAUGCUGAACGAUUUGAUAAGAAUCACCGUAUCGAAGAUCCUGCCAUCCGUGAGGUGACUCUUCGCUCCAUGAUGGGAGAAUUUGGCGGCAACGCUGGUCUUCUCUCAGCCUGGUAUGAUGUUGCGGCCGGCGAGUGGAGCUAUGAGAUUACCAUGUGUCCUGCUGGAGUGCAACAUAUCUGGUGGGCUAUUCACAUUCUGGUGCUUGUGACACUGGUCGUGGGUCUGCUUUGGUUCUUGACUACUCUGAUUGAAGGUGGUGGAUCAACAACGAAGCAGACCAUUCACCUGAAAUCACCAGAGGCUCGACAAGAGAAGGCUCGUCGGCCAACUGCACAAAAGACAUGA